AUUGUACUUGCGAACGACACAGCUGCAAACGACGAAAGUACCAAAAAAUGACCAACAGCUGGUGUGAAUAUUAUCAUUGAUAUCCCCGCAUUGUGUUCGUAGUAGUGCUAAGUACUUAUCUCCAUGGCCAGCUCCAGAUUCCCAGCAGCUGGCAACUUGGCGCGGUCGCAGAAGCUGCAAGCCACAGAAGAGCGCGUUGCUCAACUGGGCGCCGCUUACUAUCUUGGUACAACAAAUAGUCUUUCCAUGGACGGACGAUCCAAUCAGCCAGACCAGCCGUCUGAGCUAUUUACUGCAAGCCUUCCCCAAAGCUGGCAGCGCCGUCCUCAGUCGCUUCAUCCGCUGGCUUCCUGCAAUUGAAUCUCUCACCUUACCUCACGUCCAACCUCCAAAAUGCGCUUCUCUGUUAUUGCAGCCGUCGCUACCUUCAGCGCUACCGUUCUCGGACAGGGCCUCGUUGGACAAAUCCCCCAAUGCGCACAGUCGUGCUUUGGCACCGACAACCUCGGUACCUGUAACCUCAUUGACGUUGCCUGCAUUUGUGGUAGCUCAGCUAUCACCCAAGUUGCAUGCUGCGUACUGUCUUCCUGCAACCAAGCAGACAUUGAUACUACCAUCAACUUCGCUUCGACUCUCUGCAGAGGUGCCGGUGUAACAUUGAACACCAGCCCCGACUGCGCUGCGGCGAACUCGAGCUCUUCGGCGUCUUCCUCUGCGUCUGCGUCUGCGUCUGCUGCCGCAUCAAGCUCGGCGGCAUCUGGCUCUGCCUCAGUGACCGCGAUUACCGGAACCAACACAGCUUCUGGCAGUGCCACCGGCUCUGCAACUCGCUCUGCAUCAGGCUCUGCCUCUGGCUCCCCCGCUGCGACUGCUGCGACGGGCGCCGGUGCUUUCCAGACCGCCGGUCCUAUCCUCGGUUUUGGUGUUGCUGUCGUCGGUAUGCUCGCUGCUUUGUAGAUGGUGAUGAUUCCUGGUCUGGUUGUGUAAUGGGCGUUGUGGAGGGUAUAGGUUAUUUGUAGGAGUAUAGUAAUCACCAAGCGAGACGUAAUCGACUACCCCGAUCUAUGCUUGAGUGAUGUACCGCUGUUGAGCUCCAUUUGGACCUUGCCUAGAGCUCAGUGAUAGAUGUCUCCUUGCAACUAUGCUCACAAGGAGGCAACAUCAUCGAACUUGGCCCGUGCUUGGUGACAUGAGCGAUGAGCUGUAGCUGCUGAGGAUCUUGCUCUAUUUAGCAAUGCUGUGCGAUCGAAGGGUG